UGAUUGACGGCGCUGUGUCUCAUUUUGAUAAACAGCUUCAAAGUUUUGCCAAUAGUGAAUUUCAUUUUUGAAAUUUGCAUUCUUUCAUUCAAGAAAAUGAUGAAAAUUUGAGUUUCUUUAUUCAAGACCGCAUAUUAAAUAAGCGCUUCGUAAGAAAAUCGCAAUAUUGCGUCAUUGAUGCAAUGUCGCUGCAUCGUUGUGGUUAACGAUGCGGUUAAUUUUGCUGAUAACAGAGUUAUGAACAACUACUAGCGGUAUGUGGCUUGAAAGCUUGAACAUGCUUGGACGCCCUGUAUGCCUAUUCUGUAACUCGUAUCGACAGUUUUCGCUAUCGUUAUGUAGCGACAGCCUAUGAGAGCCACGCUUUUCUCCAAGAUCGUCUUUGCCAUUAGCUGUCGCUAGUUAACGAUACCGAAAACUGUCGAUACGAGUUACAGAAUCGCCCUACUGGACACUAUGCACUGCCAUGGAUCAGUCAGUAGUGUCACGCGUUUAUGCGAUUGGUCAACGGAGCGUCAGCUGACGUUGCAACAAUAAGUCGACCGACACAUGUCCUUCGAGCAGUGAAAGGCGCGACCACUUGUUGCUUUACCUUAUUACCGUGAUACUGCAAAUUUUCUUUGAAUUGAAGUAAAUUGAUCGCAAAUAUGAGUACCCCAGUAGCGGAUAUUGCCCUCAUUGGCUUGGCAGUCAUGGGACAGAACUUAAUUCUGAAUAUGAACGAUCAUGGAUUCGUUGUAUGUGCGUACAAUCGUACUACAGACAAAGUAAAGUCUUUUCUUGAGAAUGAAGCAAAGGGUACAAAAGUUAUUGGAGCUUACAGCUUAAAGGAGAUGGUCAGUACUUUGAAGAGUCCAAGGAGGGUGAUGCUAUUAAUUAAAGCUGGUACAGCUGUGGAUGCCUUUAUCGAACAAUUAGUUCCUCUUCUUUCUCCUGGAGAUAUCAUUAUCGACGGUGGUAAUUCUGAAUAUCAAGAUACCGAGAGGCGUACCAAGGAUCUGGAACAGAAAGAGAUCCUGUUUGUGGGCAGUGGAGUCAGUGGAGGGGAGGAUGGUGCCAGAUACGGACCAUCCUUGAUGCCUGGAGGCAAUCCAAAAGCUUGGCCUCAUAUCAAACAGAUCUUCCAAUCGAUAUGCGCGAAAGCAAACGGCGAGCCAUGCUGCGAUUGGGUCGGCGAGACUGGCGCGGGACAUUUUGUCAAGAUGGUGCAUAACGGAAUCGAAUACGGCGACAUGCAAAUCAUAUGCGAGGCUUACCACUUGAUGCGAAGCGGCCUACAACUCACACAGGGGGAAAUGAGUACAGUGUUCGAUGAGUGGAACAAGAGCGAGCUGGACUCGUUUCUGAUCGAGAUUACGAGAGAUAUACUCAAGUACAAGGAUGAAAAAGGUUACUUGCUUGAGCGCAUCAAGGAUACCGCCGGUCAGAAGGGUACCGGCAAGUGGACGGCAAUCGCUGCGUUGGAUUAUGGCGUGCCAGUCACGCUGAUCGGCGAAUCGGUAUUCUCCAGAUGCCUGUCUGCGCUGAAAAACGAACGCGUGGAAGCGAGCGCGAUACUAUCGGGUCCGGAUUCGGUAUAUAAAGGAGACAAGAAACAGUUGAUCGAACAUUUAAGGAAAGCUCUAUACGCCGCAAAGAUUAUAUCGUACGCACAAGGCUUUAUGCUGCUGAGGGAAGCUGCGAAAAUUCACAAGUGGAACUUGAAUUAUGGCGGAAUAGCAUUGAUGUGGCGAGGUGGAUGUAUCAUAAGAAGCGCAUUCUUGGCAAAUAUAAAGUCGGCCUAUGACAAAAAUCCACAAUUGUCUAAUUUAUUAUUAGAUGAUUUCUUCGCUAAAGCUAUGGACGUGUGUCACAAGAGUGCUAGGAUAGUGGUAAGUACGGCGGUGACAUUGGGCAUACCGACUCCUGCGUUGUCGACGGCCUUGGCUUUCUAUGAUGGAUUUAGAACCGCUCGACUACCAGCGAAUCUACUUCAAGCCCAACGAGACUACUUUGGUGCCCAUACGUACGAAUUGCUCGGUCAAGAAGGGAAAUUCGUUCACACGAAUUGGACUGGACACGGCGGGAAAGUGUCCGCUUCCACGUACGACGCGUAAAUUUAAAGAAUCUUGCAGUAGUAACAUUACGACAUUGAAAAUGUACAAAGACGGGUUAAAAUAAUAAUGUGACAAUAUAAUGUGAUAAAUGCAUAUACUUUGAUACAUGUGAUAGCUGUGUAAUAUAUUUAAUAAUAUAACGAAUAAACGGUUUGUCAGAUUUCUAAAGGAUAGAAAUAUCAAA